UGUACUAACUGCCUUUUAGGGUUCAAGAGAUAACAGGGAAGACCUGUGACUUCCAUAAUAUUGAUCUAAUGGAUGUGUCAGCUCUUAGACAAGUCUUUUCAAAGUAUCCAACCGUUCAUUGUGUUAUUCAUUUUGCAGCUCUAAAAGCCGUUGGGGAAUCAUUUCAGAAAGUUUUGGAGUAUUAUAGCAACAACAUUCAGGGGGCCUGUAAUCUACUAAAAGUGAUGGAGGAAUUUAAGUAUCUUCCUUUAGAUGAGAAACACAGAACUGGAAACUGCACCAACCCCUACGGAACCACUAAGGAUACUGUAGAGAGGAUGAUGAUAGAUCUCUCCUCUGCCAACUCUGAAUGGUGUAUUACAUUACUCAGAUAUUUUAACCCUGCUGGUGCCCAUGAGUCAGGAAAUAUCGGAGAGGACCCCCUCGGUAUUCCUAAUAAUCUGAUGCCCUAUAUUGCUCAGGUCGCCAUCGGACGAAGGGAAAAAAUAUCCGUGUAUGGUGGGGAUUAUAAGACAAGUGAUGGUACCGGACACCGUGAUUAUGUACACGUGGUGGAUCUAGCUGAAGGACAUGUACUUGCAGUACAACAUAUUCUUGCUGAUAACAGGAAUGGAACUCAUAUAUUCAAUCUUGGAUCUGGAACUGGUUCUACAGUUCUAGAGGUUAUUCAAGCCUUUAGUAAAGCAUGUGGAAAGGAGAUUCCCUACGAGAUAGUUGGUAGACGCAGAGGAGAUGUUGAUAGUUUAUACGCUAGCUGUGAUAGAGCACAGGAGGAACUCGGAUGGAAAAGUACCCGAACCCUUGAGUCCAUGUGUCGGGAUAUGUGGAACUGGCAAACCAAAAACCCAACCGGGUUCAAUACAACCAAAUAAACAUUUUAAAGGGACUGCACACGUAGCUUUCAAACCUCGAGAAACGACAAUAUCUUCCACAUUAUUUAUCAGAUGAAGGAAUCAAGGGUACGGUUGUGAAUCAGGAAAAGCCAUUUUUUUUAGUUUUUAGUGAUAAUUUUGGAAUAAAGUGCUUAAUUUACGGUAAAAAGUAGCAGUUUUGCGUUUUCUUUUUUACACUUUUUUAUUUAAUCUUGGAAAACAUGUCAAUUAAUGUGAGAAAAUUUCUUUUUCCUUGUUAUAUUUAACACUUGUGACGUCUCGUAUAAUUAGUCCAUUUCUCUGUUGCCACCUAUUGUACUUGAUAAUCUAGUUCACCGAUCCAUUUCAAGUUAUUUCAAUGUAAAAUUGCUUCCUUUAUAACAACAGUAAAAAUGCAUAAACAGUUGUCAUAAAUGUCGUCUUCUUAUUACACAUUUUUUUUGGUCCCAGUGAAGGCAUUUUUUUUCUAUUUAUGCACCAGAAUUCUGUUACUGAUUAGUUAACUUUACAAUCAACAUAUAUUGUGUUUUGUGUUUAGUAGUUAACUUUACAAUCAAAAUACAUUGUGUAUGUGUUUAGUAGUUAACUUUACAAUUAACAUAUAUUGUGUAUGUGUUUAGUAGUUAACUUUACAAUCAACAUAUAUUGUGUAUGUGUUUA